AUGUACUCCUGCGCAAAUUAUCCACGCGGCUGCCGUGGCCGCUGCAACAUCCCCGGUGGGAAGUGCAGUGACUGCACUGUGCUGAAUCUCCGACGACCAUACACCUCCGUCUCUCCCUUUGCGCAGAACCGCGACUUCCGCCGCCCAAUGCGCUCCGUCUUUGCGCCUCAGGAGGCCCCCGAUAAGACCAACGAGGUCUAG